UACUCAAGGGGCUGGCAGAAUGUGUAGCUCCUGAGAGUAACUCCUGCUGCAAGCUUCAGUUUGGCAGAAGGCUGUAUGCAGAGUGGAGCUCAGGCUAAAUCAUCUUUAAUAUUCAACAUAUGCAGCUCUUUCUCAUCAGUGUAGACCUGUAAGUGAUUUUCUUCCUAGAUGUUCCAAGAAAUCCUUAAUUCCACAUUCUCAAAGGUGAGAGAAGACUUGUGGACUUUUGGUUUGGGACUUCAUGACACCUUUGCCCACCACCGACAUGAAGACGAGGGUGAUGCUGGUCCGUGAGAUUCCCUGGGCCCUGGAGGAAUGUCCCUUCAACGAGCCGGUCAACGUCGCCUCUGGCUCUGAGGGAAACGCCUUGUGCGGCCCGGGCCUCUUCAAAGCCAGAAAGGUCAGACCCGUAGCUAAGGUCAAGAAAAGCUCCAUUUCUCUGGCCCAGAACUCUCCCAAGGAGUUCUUCCUGGCCCUGCUGGAAAGGGCCGCCAUCCAGGAGUUAUGUGACAAGGUGAACAGCAUCUUCGAGACAGACCUCCUCCUCCCGAUCACCUGCGAGAACGCUGAGAACCUGGCAGAGGUCCAGUACGUGGACUUUGUCAUGUGGAUCGCCAUCGCCCUCCGGGUCGGCCUUCACACCGAGUCCUCCCACCCCCAGCGGCCCGUCCGCAUCACGCCGUCCAUCGAGAACUGGAUGGAGAAGCUGAGCGGCGGCCUGCAGAGCACGCUGCGCUGCCUGAGCAGCCGCACGGAGGACGAGCACUGGGAGACGCUGCACGCGCUGGGGAGGCAGAUCUCGCGCCGCUUCCAGGAGAUAUACACGCCAGGACAGCAGCUGCUGGUGAAGAAGUACAGCCUGCUGGUGGACGGCCAGGUGUGCCCCCUGAACGCGGCGGUGGUGUUGGAGGUGUCCACGGGCUACGUGUGCAACUUCCACCUGUACUCGCUGCCGCUGCUGCAGAGGGGCUCCGAGGCCAGCGCUCUGGAGCAGGUGCUUCACCACCUCCUCAAGCCGUACGUCAACAAGGGCUACCACGUCACGCUGGACAGCUCGGCCUUCGCCGAGGGCAACCUGUUGUCGGAGGUCUUCUCCGGCCUGGGCUUUCAACUGAAGUUCAUGAACUUUGGCUUGAACGAUCCGACGACGACGACGUGUGAGAAUAAUCACGCGUGCUCUGCGUUUGCGGAGCACCAGGCCUCCAACCAGCUCCCGUCCCAUCUUCAGGGCUGGGUCGGCCCCGCCGUGCUGAGUAGCCUGGGCUUCAGGGACAUACUCUUCCAAGGCUUCUGGCUCAUAGUGCACCUCACUACCAUCAACUCCUAUGUCAUGCAUUCGAUGCCGGUGAUGAAAAACGAAGGCCUGAUGAACUUGAGUGAGUUUGUGAAGGUUCUGGCCUCACAGCUGCCUAUGGAAUACUUUCUGAACCCGCCAGAAACGUCACAAGAACGCAACUCAUCAGACUUAGGUCAUAACUCUAAUGCAAGAACGUGGUCUUCCAACAACAGCCAACGCGGCCCGGACAUCAGCUCCAGCUCCGGCAGCAGCAGCAGCAGCAGCAGUGGCGCCUCGAUAGCCGGGCAGCAGCCGGGGCUGUGCGGCCUGAUGAACUCUGGGAACUCCUGCUACAUGAACGCCGUGCUGCAGUGCCUGUGCAGCACCGUACCCCUGGUGGAGUACUUCCUCAACGAGCAGACCAAGGAGGACAUCACCAGGAGGUGUGGGGAGGUGGCUGGGGCGCUCCUCACCCUGCUGGAGACGGUGUGGCAGGGCCAGAAGGAGACGUGGUGCCCCUCCAGGAUCCGGGCCAGGCUGUGCGGACAGCACUCCCUCUUCAGCCGCAACUCCCAGCAGGACGCCCAGGAGUUCCUCCUCUUCCUCUUCAACGCCGUCCACGAUGACCUCGUCAGGAAACCCCUUGAGAAGAAGGUGUCCAGUCGGGGCCUGAGCAAGAGGAGCGUCUCCAAGGUGCUAGGCAACGACGUCUCUGUCAUCACGGAGCUGUUUGAGGGCCAGCUCUCCUACAGCACGCUGUGCCUGCGCUGCGACAACCAGACACACAGCAACCAGGUCUUCACCAUCCUCUCCCUGCCCAUCCCCACUCACAGCUACAAGUGCACACUGGAGGACUGCCUGGCGCUGUUCUUCCAGCAGACCACCCUGACCAAAGGGGACCAGAUGUGGUGUCCCCAGUGUGGCACGAGGAGGGACACCGCCGUCCUCACCACCCUCGCCAACCCCCCCGAGAUCCUCGUACUGCACCUCAAAAGAUUUGAAUGCCAGGGACACGCCAAAAACAAACUGAGGACGAACGUCAUUUUCCCCUUGAGCAAUCUGGAUCUUUCUCCAUAUUUAAGCACUGCGUCACCUCAACACAAUAAUUAUUCACUGUAUGGAGUUGUGAACCACACAGGCGACUUGGACAUGGGCCACUACACGGCCUGCUGCCGCAGCACCGUGACCCGGAGGUGGCACGUGUUUGACGACGCCAACGUGGAGGCCGUCCACGAGUACGCCGUCCAGUCCCCCAACGCCUACAUCCUGCUCUACUCCCGAGAGCCGUACAGCAAGCCGCCUCGCAUCACCGGCCCGGGCCUGGGCCUGCACAGCACAUAGCAGCCAGCCCAAGGCCUGUAUAACAAGAAGCUGGUUCAGGACUAAACCAGGUGAAGUUAGAGGUAAAUUAUCUAAUAAAAGAGCCUGGA